AUGGGUCGGCCGCCCUGCGGUUUCUCCAUAACCCUAGGCUACUUUCGCUUUCGGACCUGUCUUACGUAUUCUCGUGGCCCCAUUCUGUCCGGUCCGACCCAAGGUCCAGUUCCUGGCACCGGGAGUCGGCCAUCGCACAACAGCAACCCCGAGUCCGAUAGGACGAAGGAGCCCGAAGACCUCGUUAAUGAAGUUCCUUUGUCACGGAACCCCUCCUCCACCGAGGAGGCCAAGCCGAGCCCACCGCUAUACUGGAAAUUUAUUGCUGUCAUCCUCAUCUCCUGCAUCAGCUUCGGCUCAUCAUGGAGUUCUGGCAUUACGGGCGCGUUGAAGUCCACCUUGAAGAAGGAGUUGGACAUCAACAACAAACAAUUUUCGCUGCUUGAGGCUAGUGAGGAUUUCAUGGUCACCCUCUUGAUUCUAUCCAGUGGAAUCGUAACAGACAGGAUCGGAGGCGCCGGAGCAAUGUUGUACGGCAACAUUAUAUAUUCCAUUGGCUCCAUUAUCGUUGCCGCUGCAGCCCAGGUCCGCUCCUUUAAGCUCAUGAUCGGUGGCCGAGUCAUCCUCGCUCUUGGUGACAUUGCAACCCAAGUGGCCCAGUACAAAGUCUUCAGUUCCUGGUUCUCGCCCAACAAUGGCUUCGCUUCGACUUUAGGUUUCGAGCUUGGUAUCAAGAAAAUUGGUGGCUUCGUUGGCAAGUCGUCAGCCAACAUUAUCGCGAAAAACACGGGCAACUUCGCAUGGGUCUUUUGGAUCUCAGUGUUCAUGAAUGUCUUCACCAAUAUUCUCACCCUAGUCUUUUAUUGGUUCAACGGCAUCGCACACAAGAAGUUCGGCAACUGCACCGACCCGGCAACUGGAGAGAAGCUCACGGAGAAGUCCAAAAAGUUCCAAGCCAAGAAGGUUCUAGAGUUGCCCUGGGUGUUUUGGGCUAUUUUGUCUUUCUCGCUCUUCCAGACCAGCACUGCUAUUGUUUUUACUCAGAACGCCACAGAACUUGCGGAGAAAAGAUUCAACACUGACUCUAUAACCGCUGGCUGGUAUUCGGCAACUUUGCAGUACGCUGGCUUCUUCCUGGUACCGUGCAUCGGUGCUUUUAUCGACAUAUUGGGCAAUCGCAUAACAUUGCUCGCUAUUUGCGGUACUGGAGUCUUCCUGUCAAUGGCUCUUGUCAACUGGGCCACGGAUGUGAAGGGAACCGCUGCCGCCUUUGGAAUCUACGCUAUAGCCUUCACCCUUGGCCCUACCACAAUCAUCGACAGUAUCCGCACCUCCAUGUGGCAUGGCUCGACCUUCGGCUCUGCUUAUGCGGUGAAGAUUGCCACAAAUAAUGCUAUGAACAUUGUCGUCCGUGUGGUCACUGGUGCCAUUCAAGACGCGGAUAACGACAGCUACGACCACGUGGUGAUUGUUUAUGUGAUUCUUGCCGCCGCAUCUGUGCUCGUCUCUAUCAUGUUGGUCGCGCUCUCGUGGUGGUCCAUCGACCUCGGCAACUUGCAAUGGACCAGAAAGCAGCGCAUCGCCAAUGGGGAGCUGUGGAAUGAGAGGAAGAGGGCGUUCUAUGAGGACAACGGGGCACGGAACAAGAUGAUUUCUAAGACUUGCUUCGGUGCUUUGAUUAUGCUGAUCCUAGGUUCCUGGUCGGCAUAUUUCUGGGGUGUUGCUACCGGCAACAACUCUUGA